AUGGGUUCAAUCGCACCAGCAACUCAACCCCGCGUUGUGAUUAUCGGAGCAGGCAUUGUCGGUACCAACCUCGCCGACGAGCUGGUGUCGCGAGGAUGGAGCGACAUCACGGUCAUCGACCAAGGGCCCCUGGACCUGCCGGGCGGGUCAACGUCACAUGCUCCUGGUCUGGUUUUUCAAACGAAUCCGUCGAAAACCAUGACCCUGUUUGCAAAAUAUACCGUCGAGAAGUUAUUGUCACUGGAGUCUGAAGGUCAAAACUGCUUCAAUCAGGUUGGCGGCCUCGAGGUAGCAACUACCCCUGCUCGACUGGAGGAGCUAAAGCGGAAGCAUGGCUAUGCCUCGUCAUGGGGUGUCGAAGCGCGUUUGGUCACCGCUGAUGAUUGCCUCGGACUCUACCCUCAUCUGAACAAGGACAUGGUUCUUGGCGGUCUGCAUAUCCCUAGCGACGGUCUGGCUUUGGCAGCACGCGCAGUACAGCUGCUCAUCUCCCGGACGCGGGAGGCCGGCGUUCGCUAUCUUGGCUCAACUCCUGUCAUUGGCAUUGAGCGAUCGAAAAACCAAGUCACCGGCGUGACGACUCCCAAUGGAUCGAUUCCUGCCGAUAUUGUCGUCUCUUGUGCAGGCUUCUGGGGCGUCGAGGUCGGAGCCAUGAUCGGGUUACCCAUCCCUUUACUGCCACUCGCUCACCAAUAUGCCAAGACCACUCCCGUGCCUGCCUUGGCCGGCAAGAACCCACAACCAAACGGCGCAAGCCUGCCCAUUCUGCGCCACCAAGACCAAGACCUCUACUACCGCGAACACGGCGACCGAUACGGUAUUGGCUAUUACGGGCACAAGCCAAUGCCCGUCGUAGCCUCCUCGCUGGGCUUAACACCGGAGCACGUCGACGAAAGGAAUAUGCCCUCUCGCCUCGACUUCACCCCCGAGGACUUUGAGCCGGCUUGGAAGGAGACUCAGAACUUGCUCCCCACCCUGAAGGAUGCCGAAGUUGCUGACGGCUUCAAUGGCAUCUUCUCUUUUACCCCCGAUGGCGGACCAUUGGUUGGACAAGCUCCCCACUUAGACGGAUUCUAUGUGGCAGAGGCAGUGUGGGUGACACAUUCCGCGGGCGUGGCCCGUGCUGUGGCCGAAGUCCUGACAGAAGGACGGUCCCGAAUCGAUCUUGCGGACUGUGAGCUUACGCGCUUCGAGGAGGUACAACUUACACCGCAAUACAUCAAGGAGACGUCACAGCAGAAUUUUGUCGAAGUCUAUGAUAUCCUACACCCACUUCAGCCAAAGGAAUCGCCCCGCAACCUACGCGUCAGUCCUUUCUACGCCCGACAGCGUGAGCUGGGCGCUUACUUCCUCGAAGGCGGGGCUUGGGAGCGCCCAUACUGGUUCGAAGCAAACGAGAAGCUGAUCGAGGUUCUGCCAGAGGAGUGGAAGCCUGUCGAACGUGAUGCCUGGUCUUCCAGAUACUAUUCACCCAUUGCCGCAGCAGAAGCCUGGAAGACGCGCACCGCUGUGGCAAUGUAUGAUAUGACGCCUCUCCGACGGCUGGAGGUAUCGGGACCUGGAGCCGCCGAGUUGCUGCAAAAGCUGUGCACGGGUAACGUUACCCUGAAACCAGGUGCUGUUACAUACACGUUGUUUCUCAAUGAAUUCGGUGGGGUCCGGAGUGAUCUCACCGUUGCCAGAAUUGAGGAAGAGCUCUUCCAAGUCGGCGUCAACGGACCUGUCGACACCGCCUAUGUCACCCGAGCAGCGCGCUUGCAGAGUCGAGAAACACCCGAGAAAUGGGUGCACGUCAGCGAUAUCACUGGGGGCACCUGCUGCAUUGGCCUCUGGGGACCUCUUGCACGGGAGGUGAUCAGUAUUGUCAGCAGUGACGACUGGUCGAACAAGGGACUGCGAUAUUUCCGGUGCAAGAAAGCAAACAUUGCCGGCAUACCGGUUAGGAUUAUGCGGCUGUCCUAUGUCGGUGAACUCGGCUGGGAGAUCUACACUAGCGCAGACCGAGGCCAAGCACUGUGGGAUGCCCUAUGGAGGGCUGGACAGCCUCAUGGAGUCAUUGCCGCAGGCCGCAGCGCUUUCAACGCCCUGCGGUUAGAGAAAGGCUAUCGAUCCUGGGGUACUGAUAUGACCACUGAACAUGACCCGUAUGAGAGUGGACUCGGAUUCGCAGUCAAGUCGGGCAAAGAAGGCUAUGUUGGUAGCGUUGCACUCAAAGGACGCUCCGUGGAGACCGUUACCAAACGCCUCCGCUGCCUAACCAUCAACAACGGGAAGUCCAUGGUUCUGGGCAAGGAACCCGUUUUCGUCGAUGGCAAGCCAACUGGGUACGUUACCAGCGCUGCGUUCGGCUAUACGAUCCGCAAACCUAUCGCCUAUGCUUGGUUGCCCAGCACGGUCGGCGAGGGCGAGUCUGUCGAGAUUGAGUAUUUUGGAAAGAGAAUUCCUGCCACCGUUACCCCUGAGCCGUUGUUCGAUCCAGAUAUGAGCCGGUUGCGCGGAUGA